UAUUAUUCGGAGCACAGAUGAUGGAGGAAAGUACAGAAGGUGAUAUAUGUCGUGUGUGCCGGUCAGAGGGCAGUUCUGAUCGGCCGCUGUUCCAUCCAUGUAUCUGCACAGGAAGCAUCAAAUUCAUCCAUCAAGACUGUUUGCUACAGUGGUUGAAACACAGCAAGAAAGAAUACUGUGAGCUAUGUAUGCAUCGGUUCUCCUUCACUCCAAUAUAUUCUCCAGAUAUGCCAAAGCGGUUGCCAGUGAUGGAUAUUGUGAGGGGCUUAGCCAAGAGCAUGGGUACCGCUGUCAAAUGCUGGUUACAUUAUACAUUAGUCACCUUUGCUUGGCUUGGUGUAGUUCCAGUAACAGCUUGUCGCAUAUACCGCUGUCUGUUUCAAGCUUCGUUUGUGCCACUUCUGACGCUACCAUUUGAGGUAUUCUCACUAGAGAGUGUGGUGACAGACAUCCUACAGGGAAUGCUUGUUGUUGGCUCCACCCUUUGUGCAUUUGUCAGUCUAGUCUGGCUGCGGGAACAGGUCACACACGGUGGGGGACCAGAUUGGCUUGAUGAUGAUGCAAAUAGAGCAGCAGAUGGGGCAGCGGAUGGUGUGGGAGAAAAUGCAGGGGCACCAGCAGGAGGUGCAGCAGGAGCUGGGGCAGGUGCAGCUGGGGCACAACCAGUAGCAGCAGCUGGGGCACCACCAGUAGCAGCAGCUGGGGCACCAGCAGGAGGGGCACCAGCAGCUGGGGCACCAGCAGCAGGGGCAGCAGCAGCAGGGGCACCAGCAGCUGGAGCAUAUCAACCCCCGGUGCCUGCUCCUGCAAAUAAUCAGGGUGCGGUGCAACCAGUUCAACCACAAGGCAACCAAGAUGUGGCUGUCGAUCAUCAAGCCUUGCCAGCCAAUCAGGAAGAAGUAGCAGCUGUAGCAGCCAAUGGGAACGAAGAAGGGGCGGAGCCAGCUGCAGCUGAGGUUAAUCCUGCAGGAGGAGGAGAAAAUGCUGGUCAAGAUGAUAUUAAUUGGAAUGCAUUGGAAUGGGAUCGAGCUGCAGAAGAAUUGACUUGGGAGAGGAUGCUUGGCCUGGACGGAUCACUUAUAUUCCUUGAACACGUCCUAUGGGUCAUCUCACUCAAUGCUCUCUUCAUAUUUGUCUUUGCUUUCUGCCCGUAUCACAUUGGUCGCUUUGGGAUGUUGCUUCUAGGCUGGGAUGAGUUGGUUAAGUUAUCUCGUUUUGAGGGACUCAUCACAACAAUGUCUGGCUAUGUCACGCUCUGUUCUUCGCUCAUCCUCUUCCAUUGCUUCAGUGGUCUCCUAAAGCUGCACCGAACAAAGCGUAUCUUGGGUCUUUGUUACAUCGUACUCAAGGUGUUCCUGCUGGUAGUGACUGAAAUUGGUGUCCUGCCUCUCGUGUGUGGCUGGUGGCUAGAUAUAUGCUCAUUGUCAAUGUUUGACACUGCUCUUCAAGACAGACUACAAAGCUUCCAGUCUGCACCAGGGACCUCUAUGUUUCUUCACUGGCUGGUUGGCAUGGUCUACGUCUUUUACUUUGCAUCUUUUAUCCUUCUACUCAGAGAGGUCCUAAGGCCAGGUGUGUUGUGGUUCCUGCGUAAUCUGAAUGACCCCGACUUCAAUCCAAUUCAAGAGAUGAUACAUCUACCAAUCUAUAGACACGUCAGACGCUCUCUGCUCUCAGUCAUCGUCUUUGGAAGUGUUGUCCUUCUAGUCCUUUGGCUCCCCGUGACAAUCAUCAAAUACCUCUUCCCUUCCUUCUUACCGUACCACAUUCACCUCUCAAGUGAUUCCCCAGUCAGUGAGCUAUCCCUAGAGUUGCUCCUACUCCAGGUAGUCCUUCCAGCACUCCUAGAGCAGGGACACACAAGGCAAUGGUUGAAGAAUGCAAUUCGAGGAUGGACCAUAGUGGCAGCUUACCUCCUUAAUAUGCGUUCAUAUCUGCUGGGUGAUGUACCAGUUGAAGACAAGCCAACACCCUCACCACAGCAUGAUCAACAGUUAGCUCAUCUUGACUUUGAAGAGGCUGGUCCCAACCCAGAGGCAGCUAAUCUCAACCCAGAGGAUAUCGCUAGCUAUGCAGGGGAAGAGGAUCUCUACCUUGGAGUAAAUGACCCCCAGCCAGGAGACAGCGGCACCCAGUCGGAAUCACCUGAUGAUGAUGAAGGCAAUUUAGGUAUCAGAUUGAACUCACUUCUGGAGCUAGCAGCACCACAAGAGGGCAGUAUUGAUAUUACUGCGUUCACCGAGGAGGAGGUAGUAUCCAGCGGGAGGGAUGACGACUCUGAUGUCAUCAUGGAAGAGGAGGAGAUGGAUGAGAUCCAAGAUGAUGUCAAUAAUGAGAAUGAUGAGAUAAAUGAUGAUGAUGACGAGGAACAAGAAGCUCCUGAUGCCGCUGAUCAGCCUGUUGACCAACAGGCUGCACCAGGAGCUGCUGGUGCUGCCCCUGGAGGGAUGGCGCUACAUGCUGCUCAUCAUGCUCUCAUUAAUCAAAUGGGACCCACUGGAUUCCAACCCUACAAUAAACCAUCAUUCUUUGCAUUUCGUAUAUUUCUGUUGGUUCAUCUGCUGUGUCUAUCCCUGCUUGGGACUAGUGUACUCUGCCUCACCCUACCUGUCUUCCUGGGUCGAUUCUUCAUGUCAUUAUGGGUUGGUAAUGGAGUCGUAGUUCAUGAACUCUACACAGCUGCAUGUGGUCUGUACCUAUGCUGGUUGAUGUGUCGGCUGGCUACCAUGAUCUGGUCCUGGCUGCCUGCUGGGAUUGAUCUCAUCUUGGAAAAGGCUAAAAUGUAUACAAUUUUGUUUGUAAAGUCAUUGUUAGUUGCAGCUAUGCUUCUAGGGGUAAUCCCCUUCCUCCUGGGUCUACUCUUUGAGGUUGUCGUGGUGGUUCCAAUACGAGUUCCCCUUGAUCAGUCUCCAGUGUUUUUUCCUUGGCAGGAUUGGGCCCUUGGUGUUCUACAUGCUAAGAUCAUGUGUGCUGUGACUAUGAUGGGUCCCAACUGGUGGCUAAAGACCGUCUUGGAGCAGGUUUAUCAAGAUGGAUUUCGUAAUCUGAAUUUAGGUUUUAUAAUAAGGAGAGUAGUGUUGCCUGUGGUGACAUGUCUUGUUUUGAUAUUGACUGCACCAUACGCUGUAGCAGCAGGAAUUACACCAUUAUUAGGUUUGGGAGAUGACAUCAACCUCUUGGUAGUACGUCGCAUUUACCCUUGUCUUGUCACAUCUGUGGUUUCUAUGGCAGCCUUGGUGUUUCAUCUCAAACAGUUUAAAAAGCUUUAUGAGCACAUCAAAAAUGACAAAUAUCUUGUUGGCCAACAACUUGUCAAUUAUGAUCCAAAGGAAAAAGCAAUGAAAGACGGAACAACUCAGACGACUGCGCAAAAGGAUUAAUAACACUUUAAGUGUAUAUCACUAAAACAUAGUUACAGUCUACAUUUCAUGUUCUUGAUGCAAUUUCUUUUAGUGUAUUGGCGUAAUUUCAGAAUUUUGAAGUUCCUUGAAGGUAACAUUAUGAGUUUUAGUGAUAAUGAUCUUGUCUCCAAUGUUUUAAGUGAAUUCAAAACAAUAUGAGUUCUCCAAUUGCGUCCAAUACUUAGAUAUUCAUGACUUUGAUAUUGGCCAUUUGUAUUAUAUGGACAAAUCAGUUAUUUUUAUUGCACAAUGGUGCAUUGGUUAAUAUGGUGUGUGGCAUGGCAGAGUUUGAUUAGAAUUCCUUGCAUGGUUGGUUGGUUAACCACUUGGCCGACUAGAAAAGUUAUUGUGCUUGAAGCAGCCCAAAUAAAAACCAAAACAAGUUGCCUCUGAAGAUGGCAUUUAUCAGUCCAUACCGAUGCAAAUUAAACAUCUAUUAAGAUCCAUCUAUGCUCAGUAAUGAUAUUGAAAAUAAUCAACUCACAAGAGAUGAGAUGCUUCCGCUUUUAGGCAAAGCUGUGACUUUUGGACAUGUUCUGAAAUUCCCCUUAUUCAGUUCAGACUUCUCAAAGACUCUGACACUUUGGCAAAACUGACUUUUGAACAAGUUUCACUUUAAAUUUGCAACAGUCUGCCGGGUGAGUCAACAAACAAAAAUGCAUAUCCCACUAAACUCAUGAACAUUUUUGUUUUUUAUUGUCCUCACAAAAUUUGCAAAUUUGUCUGUUUCCUAAUGUUUUUAAAAGGCUUCAUUCACUUAAUGUACUCAUUAAAAAACAAAUGAUUUAGGCCUAUCAUCUUUUUAUGGCUUUGAUACAGAGUUUAUGGAUGUUUAUCUUCUAUAAAAAACACAAAGAUUUGACAAAGUUUCUUCAGUUUUACUCAACUUGACUUUUGUUUUAUUUCUAACCAAAAGGUCAAACCAGUCUUUUGGGUCAACUGUAUCCUCCCCCAAAAAAUGUUUUAAGAUUUGUUUUUAUUAUGUAUUUUACUCCAACUCAAGAAUUAACGUAUUUACUGUUAUUAUCAAGAAGAUAAAAGAGUUUGCAACAAGGUCUGUAACUAGCAGGGUUGUAGCCCUGUAGGGCCUACAGCUGUCCUUUAUCAUUCGGCCAUGACCCUGCAAGGUUUUAAAUGGCCAUUUAAGACCGAGCCACCAAUUCCCAUUCAUAAAUACCCUUUUUGAG